GCUGCCCAGCAGGCCGGAGGGGAUGCCGGAACUCCAGUUCCCGCCGCGCCAAGGAACCAAAGAAGCCGCCAGUGCGUACGGAGCUACCCUCUGGCUGGGAGACCAUGCACCCGGCGACCAUUCUUUGCAUUAUGCGCCCGGGACUCAGCUACUGGACUACGGGUCAUCUGGCGACAAUACCACCGGCAUGCAGCAUCUGGGAAUCACGGUGGACAACCAGGAAUUCCACGCCCACGGCAGAUCCAAGAAGAUCGCCCGUCUCAACGUGGCCGUGAAAGUGUGCAACUCUCUGUUCGGCACAAACUUCGCCUACGGCGACACCGCUUAAGACACCAACUCCAACCGCAGAC